AUGCUGAAGGAGUGGCUGCGCGGCUCCUCGAGCGAGGCGGAGAAGCCUGUCGAGAAGAAGCCUGUAUCUCGCAUGGUGGUAGAUGCGGAGAAGCCGCUGGAGACGCACGAGAGCGCCGCGAGCAAGCGCCGCGAGUUGUAUGAGAAGAAGCUCGCGGAGUCGGCGAAGGAGGGGCCGCUCCAUCCAAGCAAGACGGUGACCUACGAUGGCAUUUUCCGCAAGACACAGGGCGUGCUGCUGGAGGGUAAUAACAAUGAGAUUCAGGAGGGCAUCACCCUCAAUAUCGCCCGCAACGCACAGAACACGAUGAUCUCGACAAAGUGGGCGCUCGUUAACCCACAGAUGUCCCACUGGGAGGUGAACUUGCAGAUGAACGGCUUCAGUGAUAUUGUGGCGGCCUCGUGGAACACAUUGAAUCGCUACCAGCUCAUGUACCAGCGCGUCUUCAGCACUGGCGCUAUGCUUGUGACGCAAUUCAUGGCGCAGAAGCAAGGUGGCCUAUCCCAGGGUACUGUGUUUGCCAUGAUGCAGUAUCCGUGGCGCUUUGGCGGCUGCACUCAGGUGCAGUACGUGAAGGACCAGUCACUGAGCCUGAGCCACGUGCAGCGUCUUAUCCGAGGCGUCCACAUAGGCACCAAUCUCACGUUCGAACCUGCAACGCACAGCUCCUACCUCUCGCACGCCAUCUCCCUCAUGACUGCGAAGAGGGACGCCGGUUUUAUGGCAGAGAUGACACCGAGCAAGGGGACGUGGAAGAUUGCGGCGACAGCUUUUGACUGGGCAGUGAACAUGGAUGCCGCGAUUGAGCUAGAGUACAUGGAGGGCCGCGAGAGCAUGAAGAGUGCCCUCAACGUAGGCUGCCGCAAGAGCUUCGUUGGUGGGGCGCAGCUGACGACCUCCUUGUUAGGCUUCAAUAUCGCCAAGGUGAAUCUCGAUCUGCCCUUUGGCGGCGAGGUGCCUGGCACAAAUCAGCUCCGCCUCACCUUCAACUGCCAGUACGACAUCCACUCUGGUGCACUGAAGCAGGGCCUCAUCUUUACAGCUUAA